UCCCUUUGCUUGACUCCUUUGCCAAACGAUGGUUCCACGUUGCUUCUCUUUCUUUUUCACUUUGGAGUCUUUUUAUAUGUGUUCAUUAUUCACUUCUUUUUCCUACCGUGUUACAAACUUACAUCACAAAACCUUCUUGUUCUCUGUUAUGGCUUCCUCUUCCUCUGCUUCUGCUUCCUCUACUCAAGCAAAGCAUCAUGUUUUCCUGAGUUUUAGAGGUGAAGACACACGCAAUGCCUUCCUCCGUCACCUAUAUGAAGCUUUUAAAAGAAAAGGAAUUGGAGCUUAUGUUGAUUUCAACGAACUUACAAGGGGAGAGGAAAUUUCUCCCGCACUGUUGGAAGCAAUCGAAGAAUCAAUGAUUUCAGUAAUAGUUUUUUCGCAAAACUAUGCUACUUCAUCAUGGUGCUUGGAUGAACUCUCCAAGAUAAUGGAAUGCAGGGAUUCACGGGAACAACUUGUGGUACCCAUUUUCUACCAUGUUAACCCAUCCGAUAUACGAAAACUAAAAGGGAGUUUUGAAGAAGCUUUUGUUGACCAUGAAAGAAACAGGACAGACAAGGUUAAGGGGUGGAGAGAUGCUUUGACCAAAGCUGCCAAAUUAAGUGGGUGGACCUUUCAGGACAUGAGCCUGAGCCCGUAGUCAUUAAGCAUAUUGUUCAAGAUAUUGGAAACAAGUUGAAACGGUUGUUUAAAGGUGAUUGAGAGGCCUCAAUGGAAUAGUUCCACCUAUGGAGCAAAUCAAAUCGCUAUUGUGCAUUGAA